AUGUCCAAGGCCACUGUUGCUGCUAUUGCAGCCGCCAGUGCCGCCACGGGCGCCGGUAUCACAGCCCUCUUCUACUCACGCCCAAGCCCUCAACAGCAGAAGCCAGCUACAGCAACUCCUACAACCGCCCCCGCUCCCCCAACCGCCCCCGUCGCCGUCCCAGUACCAACUCAACCGGCUUCCCCUUCGCUCGCCAGCAAGUCCGCAACCGCUACCGGGCCCGUCGAUCCCGCUGGCAUCUAUCAGUAUGGCUUUCCAGGCCCCAUAGCCGACACAAUCACGUCGCUUCCCCUAACAGGUGCAUACGACCGACGCACCCGGAAUCCCUCCUGGGUCGCUGAGCACAUCACGCCCGCGUCACUGGCAUCGAAGAAUGCGGACCGCAAGCACAGCACCUUCUUCGAAGACUCGACCAUCCCGCCUCUCUUCCGUGCCAAACUCGCCGACUACUUCCGAUCCGGAUAUGACAGAGGCCACCAGGUUCCCGCGGCCGAUGCGAAAUGGUCACAGGAGGCAAUGGACGGAACAUUCGCGCUGACGAACAUGUGUCCGCAGGUUGGGGAGGGAUUCAACAGAGACUACUGGGCACAUUUUGAGGAGUUCUGUCGAGACUUGACGAAACGGUACCCUAGCGUACGAAUUAUUACUGGGCCGCUGUACCUCCCGCAUCGAGACGCCGAUGGGAAAUGGAGGGUGAACUAUGAGGUUAUCGGCACGCCGCCCAAUGUCGCCGUGCCGACGCACUUCUACAAGGUCGUUUAUGCUGAGGAGGGGCCGGGGUUGCCGAGUGGGAAGGUUGCCCUCGGGGCGUUCGUGUUGCCGAAUGCGCGAAUCUCGAAUGAUAAGAGACUGGCCGAGUUUGAGGUGCCGCUCGAGGCGGUGGAGAGGGCGAGCGGGUUGGAGUUUGCAAGCAAGCUAGAGCCUACGCGUAGGAAGAGGCUUUGCCAGGAGGUCCGGUGCGAUAUCGUGGUGAGGGAGUUUAACAAUGCGAAGAAGAAGGCUUAG